GUUGAACUCAAACGAUACAUUGAAAACCAUCAUUGCGCAGAACGAGAAAGAGUUUAAAAAAUGCGAAGAAAUUGAGUCCGACUGUUCACAAGCUAAUGACAAUGAGAAUGAAGACGAAAUGGACAACCUUUUCAAACUUUCAGUCCUGUUCGUUCGCGGAAACCCUUUCGACAGUCUAAAACAUUGGAGAAUGCGAUGUAGAUUCCUGGAUGCAAAUCUCAGAAUCGGAAGUUUGGGCAGGAUACGCGAGGUCGAUGAAGAAUUUUUAAGUAUUUCUGAGCAAGAAAAUGGUUUCUCGUCAAGGCCGUUGUCAAGGCGAGGAGUUCGUUUGAUUCAAGUGCAGCCCAAGGAGAAUGAAAUAUUGCAAGAAGCCGUAGAAGCAGACGAUGUUGGGAGUUCUGAACUAUCAAAGGAAUGCUGUAUUGAAGAGCAUUGCAAAGACAGCUCUAAUGACUUGUGUGGUUUUUGUGAUGAUUUGGAAGGCAUAAUAGGUAAGUUAUAAUUCGUUAUAGGGCAAAAACUGGUCGCAACGUAGAAAUGUUGACAAUUAUAGCAAGCAAAUCAAACCACAUCUUUCUCUUGUAACCAAACCACAUCUUCCUACGACGACGUAGAUGAGUUGUGUGCUUGAUUUACACAGUACAACUCAAGUUGUAAGCAGGUUGCAUGCGACAGUUUUAGGCAAAAGUUGUGUAGUGCACGUAAAUCGGCCUAUAUAUUUAUAACUUCCAGAUACAAGGCUAUUGCAUAUACGUGCAAUGAAACGGAAUGAUGUGAGCCAGUAACCCAAUUUAUAUGAAACACGGAUCAUCCUUUUUUGCUAAUAGUAUAUCCAGACGCGCGAACUAGCUACAGUAGUGCGAUCAUAGUCUGUCAACGAAUGGUCUGGAAGCCCGGCAAUCUUCAAAGCCACAAAAUAGAAGAGCUUUUUUUGAUGUUGAACUGUACCUCACCGCGUGCACAAAUCCUUUGUCUCAACUGACAUUAAUUAUUAUUCAUCGUGGUUGCACGUUUCAUCUCAGCUAUCUUUAUUGGACGGUUAUUUCAUUUGUACGAAAAUACAAUGAGCUCAAUCACCGUGACCGCGCACAAAGUAACAUAAACUCAGACAAAAACAUAAUACAAUUACUUCUGUUCAGUUUCCAGACCAUCAUUAGUCAUGAUAUAACAAUAUUGUUACAACCUUGUGACAUCAACCUUGCAACAUUCUUGUUAUAUCAUGACUGUAUCAGACUUGUUAGAACAACCUUGUGACAAGUCUGAUAAUGCCAUCAAGCUUGUUACAAGUUGUUAACAGCUUAUUCCAAACUUGUUACAACAACUGGGAACAAGCAGUGCGAACACAACUUGUCGACAGUUUGUGAACAGAUUUGUAACAACUUGUUAAUUGCAGGCGUGUAGCAACUUGUGCGUUUUUACUUGUGUAGUAGUAAACUGAUAUAGUUGACUGAUAUCGAUGGACAUAUCAGUUUAAAUUAAGGACACACGUUUAAACGCAUGCACAAGUUGUUACAAGUCUGCAAACAAGUUGUUACAAAGACAAGUUGUGUUCGCACUGCUUGUUCCCAGUUGUUGUGACAAUUAGUUUGGAACAAGUUUUUAACAACUUGUAACAAGCUUGAUCAUGGCAUUAUCAGACUUGUUACAAGGUUAUUCUAAAGCCCGCCGCACACGAGAGCAACUUGCUCAUCUUUAGGUCAGCAAUCUAAAUGUUCUUUUUAUUUUAGAAACAGACUUGCCAAAAAUCAUUGCGUCCCAGACAGCUGUAGACGACAGCAAAUUCAAAUCUGACACAAACAAGAGCGUUACAAGUUUAGCCGACGCUAUUCAUCAACCCGACGAACGGAAAACAUUUACAUAUAACAAUUGUGGCAACGCAGAGGGAUCCUUCCAUGCGACACAACGCAAGGAUCAAAUUCCUGAACACCUUACAGACUUGCCAGAGACGGACGAAAGUCCAGAGCCUAAUCAAACAGCAGCUAUUGAAAGGCCUGGCUUCUUUACAAAAACCUUACGGAGAAUAAUGGCUCUGUUCCAAGCGAGGAAAGUUGAUGUCUGGCCCGGACAAAACUCACAGUCAUUUGUAUAG